AUGCAUCCGAUCCAGUAUCAGCGAAUUUUCAUUUUGGCGUAUCUUUUAUCAGUUGCCGGUACAGAGCCACAGUGCUCUAAGUUCCACUUUGAGGAGAAGUUGCUCGAAAAAUCAGUGAGAAUGGAAUUAAAAAUGUCUUCCUUACACGAAGAACUGGCAGACAUGCGUGAAAGGGUGUCAACUCUCGAGAAUAAGCAAGAUAUGAUUAUCACGCCGACAGUAGUCUUCACUGCUCGGGGACCAAACAACUUACGCCCGCUGGAUGGUCAGCUGAUUGUUUUUAAAACCACUGUAAUGAACCUCGGCAGCGGCUACGACAAUCUAACCGGCGUGUUCACAGCACCGCACAAAGGAAUAUACCUCUUCACGACACAGUUUUGUAUUCCACCGGGGUCGCGGUAUAUGUAUUCAGCAAUCGUUCACGAGGAUGUCACCGUUAAAGGAAGUCUAAUCUAUGACAACAACUCGGAUUUCUGCACAAGCGCCGAUGUUAUUGUAGGUAUGAAGAAGGAAGAACGUGUCUGGGUAAAGUGUGUGAGGACAUCCUCCAAAUCUUCUGACGUAUUGCGGGAAAGUGAGACAGAUUGGAACACGUUCUCAGGGGUGUUACUGCAUAAGUAA